AUGCUCAUCCCCAAGUCCGGAUCCUCGGUCUCCGAGUCUCCACACUCUGCCGCCAAAACCCACUCCUCGCUUGUCGCAAUUGCUGUACAAAGGGCCAGGGGCGGGAGUCGGGGGCGGGCGAGGGGAGCCAGGACCGAACUGGCUGCCUCUGCCCGGCCACGGCCAAUCCGGAGCGCCCAGCCCCCACCCCCACCCCCACCCCCGCACCCCCCCCCCGCGCAGGAGAGCCUGCGGCAGCUGCCAGUGGCCAAGCGGAGCCGCGGGCAGAGCGGGGAGCUAGCCGAGGGGACGGCCCCGCUGCCUUCCAGCUGCCACCCGCCGAGGGCUCUCCCGCCUCGCCAUGCCGCCCCGUCGGCGUUGGCCCAGUGCCUGCUGAGCGCCUUGCGACGUUCAGCAGCUUUGGAGCCCCGCCCGCGCUCCUGGCUCUCCGGGCCCCACCUGCAGACCCUCUGCCACUUUGUGCUGCCGGUGGGGCCGGGGCCUGAACUGGCCCGGGAGUACCUGCAGUUGGCGGACGAUGGGCUGGUGGCCCUGGACUGGGUCGUGGGACCUUGCCCCCGGGGCCGGCGGGUCACCAAUGCCGGGGGCCUUCCCGCGGUGCUGCUGGUGAUCCCCAAUGCAUGGGGGCGCCUCACUCGCAACGUGCUCGGCCUCUGCCUGCUCGCCCUGGAGCGCGGCUACUACCCAGUCAUCUUCCACCGCCGCGGCCACCACGGCUGCCCGCUGGUCAGCCCUCGGCUGCAGCCUUUCGGGGACCCGUCCGACCUCAAGGAGGCGGUCACUUACAUCCGCUUCCGACACCCGGCGGCCCCUCUGUUCGCGGUGAGCGAGGGCUCGGGCUCAGCGCUUCUGCUGUCCUACCUGGGCGAGUGUGGCUCCUCCAGCUAUGUGACCGGCGCCGCCUGCAUCUCGCCCGUGCUACGCUGCCGCGAGUGGUUUGAGGCCGGCCUGCCCUGGCCCUACGAGCGGGGCUUUCUACUCCAGCAGAAGAUCGCCCUCAGCAGGUACGCCUCGGCCCUGCAGGACACAGUGGAUACUCACAAACUGUUCCAGAGCCGCUCUCUGCAAGAGUUUGAGGAGACCCUCUUCUGCCACACCAAGAGUUUCCCCAUCAGCUGGGACACCUAUUGGGACCACAACGACCCCCUCCGGGAUGUGGACGAGGCCGCCGUGCCCGUGCUGUGCAUCUGUAGCGCUGAUGACCCCGUGUGUGGGCCUCCAGACCACUUUCUGCCCACCGAACUCUUUCACAGCAACCCCUACUUCUUCCUCCUGCUUAGUCACCAUGGAGGCCACUGCGGCUUCCUGCGCCAGGAGCCCUUGCCAGCCUGGAGCCAUGAGGUCAUCUUGGAGUACUUCCGGGCCUUGACUGAGUUCUUCCGAACGGAAGAGAGGAUGAAGGGGCUGAGCAGGCGCCGAGCUUCAUUCCUAGGGGGCCGCCGUCGCUGGGGAACCCCGCAGAAGCGGGAGGUCUCUCCCUCCUCCCAUCUGGAGAAGAUCUUUAGCUGGAGGCGAUCGUACACAAGGUAAAUAGCAAAAGUAAAAAUAAAAACCAACCCUGGCAUUUGCACAAAUGAUGCAAAUGGAGCGAUGUGGCCUGUAAGGUAAGGUGUUAGUAGAAAGGAAGAGAGAAGUGAAGAAAGUUCAGAGAAAACGAUGUAUUAACUUUUCUUCUUAAAAAGUUCUAUAUGUGCAAAAAAAUCAUGCUGGUUGAGGAAAACAAAGGGAAAUGAGUAUAUAAAACUAAAAACAUAAAUAAUAUGUUUGGAUGACCGGUGAAAGCAGAAACCAACCUGGGUUACAAAAAGGAUUAUACAUUCAAGAUGCUCUUAAACCCAGUGGGAUAACUUAUGUUAAAACUGUGUUAAUAGUCACGUUAAAAAUCUCAAGUUUGUUUUUAAAUCUUCACAAUACAAGCAAAGCUGUUUUAAAAUAUACACUAUACAUAUUUCUCAAAGUCUCUCCAACCUCAUUAAUGCGCAUUAGGCUAUCUUUUUCAUAUACUAAAACAAGGGGGUUCUGAAAGCUAGGUUGCUCAGAGUAACCCAUCCAUUAUUUAAAUGUUCGUCUUAAGUUUUAAAUGGGUUAAAAAGUUUAGCAGACUUACAUAAAUAGGAUUUAGCAACACAAGUGUUAGUUUAAAAAACUCCAAAGCAUUUACAAAUUAUCUGGUUGGAACAGUCUGGGAAAGGUAUGUGCACUAUUACUUUAAGAUGUUAUUUACAUCAGACCAUUGCUUUUGUAAAAAUUUCUCUAAAAGAUAAAGAGCAAAACUCAAUAAAUUUGGAGAAUUAACCUAUUCUCCACAGGAGGAUCAUAAAAGGCAAGGUAAAAUACGAACAAAAUUAUCUUCUAAUAGAAACCCCACAUAUCCUCUCCACUUGGAUUCUGCCCUAUGAAACUACCUGCAACUCCUAAUAGGCUCGUAUACCAAGUGUCAAGAUAAUGUGGUAAAAUAUCUUGUCAGAUAAAUUACUGGCCUCAAGUGGACUUUAAAAAAAAAAUUCUUCCACCUUGUGUCUCUGGCUUGGAUUUUAGGACAC